AUGUUAUCAAGAUAUAUAAUAAAUUCUAAUAAAGUAAUAUUAACGCGAUCAUUUGUAUCAACAUCAAUUAUAAGAAAUUCAGAAUUAGCAAAACCAAUAGAUACACAAGGUAAAGAAAUAGUGUCAGGAGCACCAAGAGAUCUUGUUACAAGUAGGGUUGUUAGAAUAUAUCAAGAAUCAAAACCAGCAACUCAAUCAGGUCAUCAUAAUGGUGAUCAUUGGAAAUUAGAUUGGGAUGUAUUAGGUAAAGGAAACAGAUGGGAAAAUGAUUUAAUGGGUUAUCAAGGUUCAUCAGAUUAUAUGCAAGGUACACAAAUGAAAUUUGAUACAAAAGAUGCUGCUAUAAGAUUUGCAGAAAAUCAAGGUUGGGAUCAUUAUGUUCAAGAACCUAAAAAAAGACAUUUUAGAAAGAAAGAAUAUGCAGCUAAUUUUUAUCAUGUCCCAGGGCCAUUGAAACAUAUUAGAACUAAAUAA